AUGGAUCUGAAAGUGUUGAUUCUUGGGGCAGGAGGAUUAGGAUGUGAAAUAUUAAAGAAUUUAACCAUGAUGCAAGUGAAAGAGAUUCAUAUUGUUGAUAUGGAUACCAUUGAACUUAGUAACCUAAAUCGACAGUUCUUAUUCUCUGAUGAUGAUAUAGGUAAAUCUAAAUCGAUUACAGCUGCUAAAUACAUUAAUGAGGAACACCACUAUAAAAAAAGGAGAGGAGUCAAUGUUAUACCGUACCAUCAAGAUUUGACUACUUUCCCCAUUGAAUUUUUCAAACAAUUUGAUUUUGUAAUAUCAGGUUUAGAUUCUAUCAUCCCAAGAAGGUUCAUUAAUGAGAAAUUAAUUGAAAUUACAAGAGAGACUGGAUUUGAGACAUGUAUUCCAUUAAUUGAUGGCGGAACAGAAGGGUUUAAGGGACAUGUGAAAACUAUAAUACCAGGUAUUACAGCAUGCUGGGAAUGUUCCAUUGAUACAUUACCGACGAGUCAAGAUACUGUUCCUAUGUGUACCAUUGCAAACAAUCCACGAUCUUUGGAACAUAUUAUUGAGUAUGUCAUCUCUAAAAGAUCGGAAAAUGAAAUGGAAGAGGGACAAAAAGGUGAAAUUGAAGAAUCAAGUGAAGUAGUCAUAGAUACAAUUUUGAAAAAAUGUUACGAACGAGCAAGAAUGUUCAACAUUGAUACUAUCAGGUUGAAUAAAGAAUAUUUGUUAGGUAUCUUGAAGGAGAUAAUACCUGCGGUGAGCAGUACCAAUGCUAUGAUUGCUGCAGCAUGUUGUAAUGAAAUGUUGAGAAUUUAUUCUGAUAUGAUAGACUUAAAUGAAGACGGAAAUUUCACCAUUAUUAAUGGAGCAGAGGGAUGUUUUACAUAUACAUUCUCCUAUGACAGACGGCCAGAUUGUCUCGUUUGUGGAGAUUUGUUUCAAUGA